GAUUGUGUGUUUAUUUAUGGUCAAAAUAUUGCAAUCAGCGGAUUGUCAUUUGAAUUUCAUUAGAUUAGUCAUGUACGUCGUGGGCCAAAGUCUUUACGGUUGGUUUUCUUAUCUUAAUAAGUGAUUGCGCCGCCGUGAUUUCGGACUUUCCGUUUCAAUUUCCUUUUCGAAAGAACAGAACCAGAAUAAAAUAAAAUAAAAUAAUAAAAUAAAACCACGUGCUCCCCAAAGGCCCCCCGCGGAUUAUAAUAUAUGUAUAAAGAUCCGGAUUAAACCGAUAACGAGUUGGCCAAAUAAUACGGACACCACGGGCUGUUAAUGGAUUUUCUGUUCACGCCCCCUCCCCGAAACGAAGCGAAACUAUCUGAAAAUCUAGUGAUAAGACCGGUGCUCUGUUCCUUAAGUUUGUUUAUUAUAUAGUCAACCAUGACCGCGAACGGAAUGGAGAUUCCCAUGCUGAAGACCAAUGGUCAUGAGAGGCUCACUUCGCUGGACAAGAGUAUGCCCCCCGCUUCACCCACUCUGCCGAGUCCCACGAUCCGGCGGAAUAAGAGUGACGGCAAGCUGAUGGCCCAGGACGUCAAGGAGGCCCGGGUGAAGGUCAUCUAUACGGGCGGAACCAUCGGGAUGGUGCGCAACGAACGGAAUGUGCUGGCUCCCAUUCCCAAUGCCUUGGUGCGCAGCAUUCGAAAAUAUCCCAACAUCCACGACGAGGAAUACGCGUUGCGUCGCUUUGGAGCAUCUGCAUCAAUGGCUCCACUGGUUUUACCAUUCGUUCAGGGCGUGGAUCGCAGGAUUAUUUACCAGGUCUCGGAAUAUACACCUCUACUGGACAGCAGCAAUAUGACCAUGAACGAUUGGGCCCGAAUCGCCAGUGAUAUUCAGCAAUCCUACGAGUUUUUCGAUGGUUUUGUGGUUCUUCAUGGCACCGACACACUUUCCUACACAGCCUCCGCUUUGUCCUUUAUGCUGGAGAAUCUGGGCAAGACCGUGAUCAUUACGGGCUCCCAAAUUCCGAUUUUUGAGACGCGAACCGAUGGCAAGGAUAAUUUUACGUCGGCUCUAAUUAUAGCCGGUAACUACAUUAUUCCGGAGGUGUGCAUCUUCUUUGGGCACAAGUUAAUGCGUGGCAAUCGGACGGUGAAGGUCAGUUCGAAUACCUUGGAUGCCUUCGAUUCGCCAAAUGUUCCACCGCUGGCGAGGAUCGGCAUAGAUGUGAAUGUGGACUAUCGCCAGAUCUUUCGGCCAUGCAGCAUUGAACGGUUCACUGUACACUUGAAUCUGGACGAGAAUGUCGGUUUGCUGCGUAUCUUUCCGAGCAUCUCGCAUUCGACAUUUCGGGCAUUUUUGGCACCACCUAUACGAGGAGUGGUCCUGCAAUCCUUUGGCUCCGGCAACAUCCCAUCGAACCGAACGGAUCUGAUCGAUGAACUGCGUGCGGCCGACGAAAGGGGUGUGAUCAUCAUCAAUUGCACCCAGUGUCCCAAUGGAACCGUCGCCGAGAUCUACGAUACGGGCAAAGUCCUUUGCGAUCUGGGCGUGAUUCCCGGAUACGACAUGACUCCCGAGGCGGCGCUUUCCAAACUGGCCUAUGUCAUCGGCAAGGAGGAGUGGUCACUGGAGGUCAAAAAGCAGAUGAUGCAGUCGAACCUGAGGGGCGAACUGACCGCCUUGAAGGCACCCAAAAUAGAGGACUUCGACCUGGUGGAUGCAGUGGCCCGCUCCCUGCACUUGUCCUCGCCCCAGGAACUGGAUCAACUGGGCGAGACUCUGUUUCCGGCGAUGAUAAACGCCGCUGUGGCCGAGGGCGAUCCCAAGAAGAUCAACAAUCUGAAGGCCUAUGGAGCCGAUCUAUCGGGAACGAACCAUGAUCAGCGGACUGCGUUGCAUUUGGCCUGUCAACUGGGCAACGUGGAGAUCGUCAAGUACCUGCUGCAGAACGGAGUGUCCGUGCAUGUGAGGGAUCGCUACGAUCGCACACCGCUGCUGGAGGCCGUCUCGACCGACAGCCACGAGAUCAUCCAGUUGCUCAUCAAUUGCGGUGCCCAUUUGACGGGUUCUUCCCGGGCCGUGGGCGAACAACUGUGUGCGGCAGCUGCUCGAGGAUCGAUGAUGCGAUUGAGGUCCUAUCAGUUUGCCGGCGCCGAUCUUUCGCAGGCGGAUCCUUCGGGCAGGACAGCCUUGCAUGUGGCUGCACUCCAUGGCUAUCCCGAGGUGGUGCAACAUGUCCUCCCAUAUUUCGAGAAUCCCCAGGAGAAGGACAUGCUCGGCCUGACCGCCUUGGAUUAUGCGGAACGCGGUGGACAUGUGGCCGUUAUUGAGGUUCUAAAAAUGCCCAACUAACUCAGGAAUCACCUAAAGAAAUCUCUUCCAAAAACCCAUAACUCAAAUUGUUCCUUACACCAUAACUCUUCUAGAAACCUUCAAAAGAAAUAGUUUUUUUUUUUUUUUGCCAGAUUUUAAAGCCAAAAUCUCUAGGCGCUUCUGUGACGACGAUAUUUUGUAUGUACUUAAGUGUCUGUUAUGUCUAUUAUCAGUUUUUAUAUAGCUCACUUAUUGUAUUGUAUGUUUAACAUAUUGUAGUUCAAAAUUGUUAGCUGUUUAAGCAUUUACCUGAGGCUUAUAUUGUGUUUUUGCAACUGUGUUAAUAAUAUAAAAUCAUUGUUUAUGCACUUGUAAA